GAAAUAGAAUGUACAUGUCAAAUAAACUAGGCAAAGCUAAAACAGAAUGUAAAAUUAAAUACUGUACAAUAAUAAAUAAAAUAAAAACGUAUGUAGUAAUAAACAACAGACAAAAGACACUGAUAUUUAUAUUUCAUAAAAGUCUCAAUGCUAUAACAACCAUCAAUGCUAAAUGUUGCAAACGGUACAUUAAAAUGGUGAAUUACUACAACAUUAAGUUGUAAUUUAAAUACGUGUGUGAGAGUUAUGGGUGGAAAUAGAAGACACUAACGUCACUGUAACUGGCCAAACGAGGUCAGCAUGUUACGCCAAUAAACCUUAAUGUACAUACAAAUGUUACAUUCACAUUGUAAGUGUACCAAUAUUUUCAACAUUUUAAGCCUAAAAUGUAAAUAGUGUUUCUCAGCAGGAAACCAACCCGGACAAACUGGUACUGUCUUCCCUAGUAUCAUCAACUACUGAUAAACACGUCAAUUUGCCGGGUACCAGCUAGCACAACGGCUAACGUUAAUCUUGAUACCCUUGGUUAAAACUGUCAAAUUGAGGUAAUACAACCCAGCCAUGUAUUUUGGAGUAAAAACUUAAAUAAUCAAACUGUCGAAAUAUAAAUCAAAACUUUGCCUAACUGACGUCAUCGGCAGGAUACAGUAGCGAACCGUGCCCCGUUUUCUUUGUGGAGGAGACAAAAAGGAUCGGCUAAAGGCCUUCCCCCACCCGGGAGCAGCGGCAUUGGCUUGAAGCCUCGGCCGACCCUGGGUGCUCUAGCGGCGGCUUACCUGCACUAGACAGGUCCCGGUACAAAGAAGACCUACAAUGGAUCCCAGUGCUUUCUGCGGCAUCUUGCUGGGGUGUCGGCCGUUAACACGACAGGAAUCAUAAAGCAGUCGGUCAAAGAGAUGACUUGUCGAGGGGUACUGCAGGUUAAGUCUUCCGUCUGUCGUACUCGGACAUGUUUUUGUUGUUCCUUGACUCAGAGACAGCACAACUGUAGUAACGACAAAUGACUGCAAAUGGACUCUAGAGGGCGCUGUAUGUGCGUGUGUGAAAAUGUAUGAACUCACAAUCAAAGAUCAAUUCCUAUUAUUAAUCCUUCAAAUUAAUUUAUCACAAGGAGGUGUGAGUUGAUAUACAUCAUGCAACAUAUGUGACAUAUGCUACCUACAUUUGGAAACAGCAGAGCACCUGGUGUAUGCUUGUCACACAGUUGGAAACAUGGAAAUCAUUGCAAGACAGGAUGAGCAUGAGCUCCAAAACCAUACAAACUUCUUCUACUUCAAAACUAAUUAUUAAGGAGUUAUCUUGAGGAACAAACUUGAUGCAUUUGUUAUUAAAAAUUAUAAUAUAACAUUAAAAUGUUAUAAAAUCCAAAAAUAAUGACAUUGGUAAAAACGAUUUCUCUGUAUUUAGCAAAUGUACGGUUUAAAAAAAGGUAAAAUGCACCAAGGCCAGGAAACUACAAUCUAAUGUCUUAAUAGAAAUUAUUCUAGGCUCUAUCUCAAAUCAUAAUUUUGCUUAAAAAAUGCCAAUAUUUCAAGCAAUGUUUUUCAUUCCCCUUAAAAGGGUAAAUAUAAACAUUUAUAUAAAUGUCGGUUUUGUGACGAGACACCCAGCUGUCACGUUGUUAACUCUGACGUCUCUCUUCUCCUGGCAACAGAAGUUAACAGCUGUUCUUCCAGGAAGCAUGGGUUAGAAAGAUGUUAAUCCUCUCAGUCUGAACAAAGGGCCACAGCACCAACAGCACCUGAGGAUAACAUGGGCCUGUUGUCCAUUCUUCGGAGGCUGAAGCAGACCCCAGAACAGGAGGUGCGCUUAUUGCUGCUGGGCUUGGACAACGCUGGCAAGACCACUCUGCUGAAACAGCUGGCGGCAGAAGAUAUCAGCCACAUCACCCCCACACAAGGUUUCAAUAUAAAGAGUGUUCAAUCAUCUGGCUUCAAGCUAAAUGUUUGGGACAUAGGAGGUCAGCGCAAGAUCCGCCCCUACUGGAGGAAUUAUUUUGAGAACACAGACGUAUUGAUCUAUGUGAUUGACAGCUCAGACAGGAAAAGGUUUGAAGAGACAAGUCUGGAGCUGGCUGACUUGUUAGAGGAGGAAAUGCUCGCUGCUGUGCCACUGCUGGUUUUUGCCAACAAGCAGGAUCUGAUGACUGCCACCCCAGCGUCUGAGCUGGCAGAAUGUCUCAGUCUGCACACGAUCCGAGAUCGCAUGUGGCAGGUCCAGGCCUGCUCAGCAGUCACAGCUGAGGGAUUGCAGGACGGCAUGACCUGGGUUUGCAGAAAUAUAAGAUUUCGGAAGAAAUAAUUCAGGCAGAAAACAUUAUCUAUGAAGAAUUGCAGUUGCACUUUACAUUUGACCUACAGUGAUCUCAUGCAUGGUACAAGGAGGCGACAGAAUGUGUUUCUUUUUAUUUUAUGAAACUACCUCUUUUGUCCUUCUGUUGUAAAAGUUAUCAAUGCAGUGAUGUUAAGGGAUCUUAACUUUUUCAAUGCAUAUGUUGAAAUGUAUAUACUGUAUAUAGGAAGGUGUUUUAUUCUAACAGCUGGUUCUGCACACAAUUUAUUUUUGUAAUAUGGUCAUUUUAAUGUAAUUCAUUUGUAGGCAUUCACUGUCUGAAUAAAAAUCAGUACAAUUCAGUAUUCUGUGUAGUGGAGUCAUGACUGAUAGGUGUCGUAAGGCUGUGGAUCCCUCAUCUUAAAGCUAGAGGGCGG